GGGUUUUUUCGAUAAAGCCUCCACGAUGUCGGCAGCAACCAAAGCAGCCGACGACGAGGUCAAGCUGUUGGUGACACAGACGUUGGAAAGUCAGGGGAUCUUGGGUCAAAUCAAGGCUCAACUGCGCGCUGCGGUGUAUAACGCCAUCCACAACGUUACCCACGAACCAACUAAAUCCAAGCGAGACUUGGUUGCGACGAAAGAUGCCUCAUUGGCUUUACAAGUGGUAGUAGAGUUCCUUCGGCAAUUCAAUUUACAGCAAACUCUGUCGGUUCUCACAGCGGAGGCAUCGCUCACAGAGGCCGACUUGUCGCGCACUCGCCGUGACGUGGCUGCGUCGCUCAACUUGUCAACACAACAACCGUCGUCCUCAGUAACACUCUUGAUCGACCUGAUAAACAAUCAAGUCCGUGGACAUGGAGAACACGACCUCCCAUCAUGCCAAAACCCGUCGACAAUCUCCAAUGUAUCGCCCAACACCUCCAACUACGCAAGAGAGUCUCAAGACGACCCGUUGCCUGUCAAGACGCCCACAACCACCACAUUGGACUCGAAACAACAACCAUUCGCAUCAAAAAGCCCCAACAUCCUUGCAUUUGCAUCGCACGAACCACCCCCGACCAAAGAAGUUCCCCCAGCUGUCUCGUCUAUGGCGAAAGCAGUGAAUCAAGAUCGAGAAACGACUUCGAUUGCUCUCGACGACGACGAGGGUGAAGACGAGGAGUCCAUCGCGUCGUCUGUUUAUGAAAACUCCAUCGAAUCUCCGGCAAAACCUCCGCCCCCACAGGUGGCCGUGGGGGAUCUAAAACUUGACUCGGAAGCAUCCAAAGCGAACGACGUACCUCCAACUGCCCCGACUUCGCUUUUGGGAACGUUUCCACCACUUCAAUCCGCGUCAACACUAACCAUACCUACACUCGCCAACGACGAUGUCGCACCGACGACCCACGACGGCGACGACGACGACGAGGACGACGACGCCGAACGACUUCGAGCGCUCGAUGCGAGUUUGAAAGCCAUGGAAGCGGAAGACGACACGGGCACACUGAGCAAACUCAAGGCGUCGCUGCAGCACGAGCUCGAGGCCAAGAGCGACGACGACGGACACUAUGGAAGCGACUUUGAAGAAGAUUUUGAAGAAGAUGCGAUCGCCAGUGACGUCGAGGAAGACGACGAAACCACAGCGCACGAGUCCGAUAACGAUGCACCGGCGUUUAAACCUUCGGGAACAGACAAACUCGUGGCCAGUCGGGCCGCGUUGGACGCGUACGAUUACGUCGAAGAUGUAGUGAGGCCAUAGAACAAUGUGCCGUCGUCACUUUAGAAAGUAACCUCGUAUGUGAUGCUGAUCCUGUAAUUAGUAAUGCUUGUAGCUACAACUCACUAUGGAGCACAUGUCGAGGUGGAAAGACAGCAUUGGACGCACUGUGAAUGGUCUACAGCUUAAAUAUGAAGAUAUACUUGCAU